AAAAUCUUCCCUUUCACAAAGUAGAAAAAAGGAACAUUGUUUGGAGUUCGAAUUUUUCCGUGUUUCUUUGAUCGUUGAAUUCUGCGUAUGGGGAAAAGAAAAAGGAAUUUCCUUUAGCGAUUAGUAGUACAAAUUAAAUAUAUUCCUGCGCUGUAAAAAAUUAUAAUUUUUACUUAUUUUCUGUAGAAAUUGGAGUGCUUUGCCAUGGUGAGUGUGUAUAAAAACAAGGAGUUGAUACCCAUCUUCUAUUCUUCCACCUCAUUCAGUUUCUUCCUUCUCUGACACCCAUCUUUUUCUCUAAUGGCUCUUUCCGGGUACAAGAAGGAUGGAAGAGAGCUGAGAAUCUUCGAAAAUGUGGAUGAACUGAGCUGCAAUUUUGCAGAGUAUAUAGCAGAACUAUCAGAGGUUUCGAUAAAGGAGAGAGGCGUUUUUGCCAUUGCUUUAUCCGGUGGCUCACUUGUUAAGUUGAUGGGAAAGCUGUGUGAGGCACCUUACAAUAAGACGGUUGAUUGGGCCAAGUGGUAUAUAUUUUGGGUAGACGAGCGUGUGGUUGCCAAAAGCCAUGCUGAUAGUAAUUACAAGCUUGUCAAGGAUGGGUUUUUGUCCAAGGUGCCUAUCGUUCAUGGCCACGUGCACUCGAUUAACGACUCCGUCACCGCAGAACAAGCCGCAGAGGACUACGAGUUUGUCAUCCGGCAGCUCGUCAAGACCCGUGUGAUCAGUGUAUCUGAGAUCAACGACUGUCCGAAGUUCGACCUCAUCCUCCUUGGGAUGGGGCCAGACGGGCACGUCGCGUCCCUAUUCCCCAACCACCCGGCAUUCAACGAGAAGGAGCAAUGGGUGACGUUCAUCACCGACUCUCCCAAGGCCCCGCCCGAGAGGAUCACUUUCACACUACCCGUCAUAAACUCGGCGGCCAAUGUCGCUGUGGUCGCAACCGGCGCUAGCAAGGCAGAGGCGGCGCACGUGGCGAUCGACGGGGCCGGGGCUGACUACCAGGUGCUGCCGGCGAUGAUGGUCCGGCCGAUCAACGGGGAGCUGGUGUGGUUUCUGGAUAUAGCAGCUGCUUCAAAAAUUGAAGGUGCAAACUUUUCUGAGUAGGUAAUUUGAGGAAAGCAUUGCUUUUGUAUGUAGUGUAUGAAAUUUGUAAACUUUGUUGUAUUACAUUCUGAUUAGGAUGCUGUCUGUCAAUCUCUCUUUUCAAAAGAAUUAAAGGGGAAAAAAGGUCAGUUUAGGCUUUCUUCUUAA